UGUAAGACAAUACAUUUAAUAGCUCAUACUAUAAGUAAGAAAGUGUUUGGUGUUCACAGGUCACUUAAAAACAUUUUUUCGAGAAACAGGGUUUCCACAGAUCCCCCCGAGCCUGCUUUUCAAGAAUGGAGGAAAAUACAGUGGGGUGAGAGAGAGACAAAUCUUCAGUGGGUGAAAGACUAUCGACCUCAUAAAGAAGUACAACAUCUCAGAAUUCUGCUUCAUGGACCACCAGGUGCUGGAAAGUCCAGCUUCAUCAACUCUGUGGACAGUGUCCUAAAAGGCAGAGUUGCAACUCGAGCUUUGAUGGAAGCAAACUCUGCCGUCAGCUUCACUAAAAAAUAUAGAACUUAUAAACUCCCGAAAGGUGAACCAGGAACAUUUUACUCUUUAGUCUUCAAUGACACCAUGGGUCUUGAGAGGAGCACUAAUGGAGGAGCUAGAGUGGAAGAUGUCAAACUGGCCAUGAUGGGACACGUGAAAGAAGGUUACAAGUUCAAUCCCAGCUCUCCCUUGACUGAGACUGAUACCGACUACAACCCUUCCCCAACUCUAGAUGACAAGGUUCAUGUUCUGGUUUGUGUUGUUCCUGCCACCACUCUGAGUAUAAUGGAUGAUGAGACUGUAUCAAAGAUAAGGGACAUCAGAUUAGCAGCCAGUGACAUAGGGAUUCCCCAGAUCGCUAUUCUCACCAAAAUCGAUGAAGCCUAUCCUGAGGUGAAGGGAAAUAUAAGGAAUGUCUAUAAGAGCAAGGAGCUGAAGAAACACAUGGAAGAACUAAAUGUGUCGCUGGGUAUUCCACUGAACUGCAUCUUUCCAGUGAAGAACUACUACUCAGAAAUCGAGAUAGAUGCCGACAUGGAUUCAUUGAUACUGAGUGCAAUGAGAAAAAUCAUUGAGUAUGGAGAAGACUACCUGAAUGACAUUUAACCAGAACUAUUGUUAGAAUGCAACGCGUUCAAAGACGAUUCAUGUUUAUGAUGAGGAUUUAAACAUUUGAGAUGUACUAUAUAAAUACAUCAAUGUAAUAAGUCGCUUUUUAGGUAGUGAUAGUGGCAUUUUUCUUUUGGUAUAAUCAACACCUUGUGAUUUUAUUUCAUAUAUUCAAUCUAACUUUCAACCUCUGUUGUUUUCCCUCUUACAGUAAUUAAUCAAUUAAAUAAAAAUAAUCUGCACAUAAUUUGAGUGACAUUUGGCUAAUUUAGCAAAUAAUUUAGCAAACAUAUGCAUUUUCGUGCAUAUGUAGUAUUGUGGCACGGAUUUUUGAGACAUAUAGUAUGUAAUAGUGUUUGAUUCUGUUUAUUGUUCGAUUCUGAUGUGGGAAGCACCAGAACUCAAAUAAAUGUUCAAAUUUAAAGGUA